GUAGGGGUAAUCAACAAACAUCGUUCAAAAUUAAAUUUAAAGAAUCUUAUUAAAUUUCUAUAUAUCGUGAUUUAAUGUAGUACAAUUUAGCAACGUAUGCUUAUUUAGUUAUUUACUCUUACAUAAUUACGAUGUACAUUUUAAAAGAAGUUGGUUUUAAAAAGAUUUUUUCAUGGACUUUUGGUAUUUUUAGUACUUCCACACUGCUGUUAAAAUUGUAAACAAACCGCGCCGCACGUGUGAUUUUUAUUUAAAAUCAAAACAAUUGUAUUUCUAAAGUUCCAAAAUAUGGCUGGUAAAUACGAUCUGCUCAGCGAGCAGGGCCUCCGUCUGGACGGACGACGUCCUCAUGAACUGCGUCGCAUCAAGUGCAAACUGGGAGUCUUCGAGCAGCCCGAUGGAAGUGCCUACAUGGAGCAGGGAAACACCAAGGUUCUGGCUGCCGUCUAUGGACCCCACCAGGCCAAGGGCAAUCAGACGGAGUCCGUCAUCAACUGUCAGUACAGUCAGGCCACCUUCUCCACGGCGGAGCGCAAGAAUAGGCCGCGCGGCGAUCGCAAAUCUCUGGAGUUCAAGAUGUAUCUGCAGCAGGCGCUAAGUGCUGCCAUUAAAUCUGAACUAUAUCCCCGCUCCCAGAUAGACAUAUACGUGGAGGUGCUCCAAGACGACGGCGCCAACUAUGCGGUGGCCCUUAAUGCCGCCACACUGGCGCUAAUUGAUGCGGGUAUCUGCCUCAACGAGUUCAUUGUCGCCUGCACCGCCUCACUGAGCAAAUCGAACAUCCCGCUCACAGACAUCUCCCAGUUCGAGGAGGUAUCCGGCGGCCCGAAGCUGACCGUGGCUGCCUUGCCCACCGCCGAGAAGAUCGCCUUUCUUGAGAUGAGCGAGCGGUUCCACAUCGAUCACUUGGAAACUGUCAUCGAGACUGCUAUGGCGGGUUGCCGCGAGAUAAGGGACAUUCUGGAGGCAGCAGUCAAGGAGCACCUUCUGCACAUGGGCAGUGCCUCUGACUUUGCGAAAGUUGGUUGAAAUAAAGUAAUAUUUUCUCUUCCAAA